GUGUCUCUGUGCCCUCACCCAGCCACUCCCCUGGCCCUAUGUAGCUCUGCUCCCCCUCCCCCAUGUGACUCUGCCCUCACUCAGCCACUCCCGUCUGUGUCCCUGUACCCUUCUCCCAUCACCAUGUCUCUCCCCUAUCCCUGUACGCCGCCCCAUCACAAUGUCUCUGUGCCCUCACCCAGCCACUCCCGUCCCUGUGCCCCUCUCCCCGUCCUCAUGUGUCUGUGACCUCACCUAGCCACUCCCCUGUCCCUGUGUGUCUCUGUACCCCUCUCCUGUCCCCACUCGUCUCUGUGCCCCCACUCAGCCACCGUACGUAGCUCUGCACCUCCCUCAGGAGUAAUGUAAGAUUCUCCAAAAAAGAGAAACCAACUUCAUAGGAUGACCUUGAGGACUCUAGUCCAGAACACAGCAUAACAACAAGAGCUAAAUCUUGCUGAUCAUGUCACUUUCUUGAAGAAUAUUGAUGAUAAAACUGAAGAAUAUUUCCAAUAUUUAACUUUGUCCAAAGUUCUUGCACACAAAUUCUACCAGUCACACUUGGCCGUUCAGUGCAGUUGCAGAACUUAUAGACAAUGCUUACGAUCCAGAUGUGAAUGCUAAACAGAUCUGGAUAGACAAAACAGUAAUAAAGGGCAACAUAUGUUUGACAUUUACUGAUAAUGGAAAUGGCAUGACUUCAGAGAAAUUGCACAAAAUGCUCAGCUUUGGCUUCAGUGACAAAGUUACAAUAAAUGGCCGCGUUCCAGUGGGACUGUAUGGAAAUGGAUUUAAAUCAGGAUCUAUGCGCCUGGGAAAAGAUGCGAUUGUUUUUACCAAAAAUGGAGAGACCAUGAGUGUUGGCCUGUUAUCUCAGACCUUCCUAGAAGCUACAAAGGCAGAACAUGUCAUUGUUCCUAUAGUAUCAUUUAACAGGCAACGGCAAAUAAUUAAUCCAGAAUACAAAGCCAGCCUUAAGGCCAUCCAGGCACAUUCUUUGUUCUCUACUGAGGAGAAAUUACUGGCAGAGCUUGAUGCUAUCAUGGGGAAAAAGGGAACAAGAAUCAUCAUUUGGAACCUUAGAAGAGAUAAAGAUGGAGAAACAGAGCUCGAUUUUGAUAAGGAUAAAUACGACAUCAGAAUUCCAGAAGAUUUAGAUGAAGCAACAGGGAAAAGAGGGUAUAAAAAACAAGAGAGACAGGACCAGAUUGUGCCUGAAAGUGACUAUUCGCUACGGGCUUACAGCAGUAUUUUGUAUUUGAAGCCAAGAAUGCAAAUCAUUAUCAGAGGACAAAAAGUGAAAACGCAGCUGAUUUCCAAAAGUCUUGCAUACAUUGAACGUGAUAUUUAUAGACCAAAAUUUUUGGCUGCUAAAACUGUAAGAAUCACCUUUGGAUUUAACUGCAGAAACAAAGACCAUUAUGGAAUAAUGAUGUAUCACAAAAACAGACUGAUCAAAGCUUAUGAAAGGGUUGGCUGUCAAUUAAAGGCAAACAACAUGGGUGUUGGUGUAGUUGGGGUUAUAGAAUGUAACUUCCUAAAACCAACUCAUAAUAAACAAGAUUUUGAUUAUACCAAUGAAUACAGACUUACAAUAGCGGCACUGGGAGAAAAACUUAAUGAUUACUGGAAUGAAAUGAAAGCAAAGAAAAAUGAAGAAUAUCCUCUAGAUUUGCCAGUAGAGGAUCUACAAAAACGACCUGAUCAGACAUGGGUUCAAUGUGAUUCAUGUCUGAAGUGGCGGAAACUUCCAGAUGGGAUAGAUCGCUUGCCAGAGAAGUGGUACUGUUCGUUGAAUCCUGAUCCACAAUUCAGGAAUUGCAGUGUACCAGAAGAACCUGAAGAUGAUGACUUAAUACAUCCGACAUAUGAGAAAACGUGUAAGAAAAAAGACAGGGAAAAACUAAGGAGGCGACUGGAGUACAGCCAACAGGUUAAUAAUGAAAUGUUUUUUAAAACACCUUCUGUCUCUUCAAUCAAAAAUGCAUUGUCAUCUAUGAGUAGAAAGGAGGGUGCUCUAAGAUCACACUUAACAGAAGCCUUAAACACUUCUGUUACAAGAUCUAUAAACACUUCAAACAAUAGAUUAGUAUCUUCACCUCAUUUGGAUCCUGAAAACAGCCUUAAACGGAAGAUUUCUGGUUAUUCGCCUAUUACUUUAAAGACACCACGAUUAAAUAACCACACAUUUGACAAUCACACUGAAGAUGACGAUGAUGAGGAUGUCAUCAUCUUAGAGGAGAGCAGUACUCCAAAGCCUGCAGCAGACUAUGAUGUUACAAUAGUAAAAACUGAGCAUAUUAACAUGGAACAAGGCAGCAUGCAAGAGGAGCCUUGUGGUGCAGCUAGUUCAGAAGAUAAAUAUGAGCAGUGGACUGCAUCAACCCAAACUGAGAUCCCAAGUUUAGUUGUUAAAAAGGAAGAAGUAGAAGAUAAUAUAGAUAUGCAGUUACCCAGAUCAACUUUGGAAACAAGCCAAGAAGAAAUCAUCAGUGCUUCUGAGACUUCUUCUGUGGAUUUUAGCAUCAAAUUAAACGAACUAAGAAAUCAGCUGCAAGUAGCAAACCAAGAAAAAGAAAAUUACCGAAAACAGUGUGAAAUGUUAAUCAACCAGAUGAAAAUACUAGAGCAGAAGAUACUAGAAAUGAAUGAUAACUAUGUGAAAAAGGAAAUGUGUCAUCAGUCAACUGAGACUAUUAUAUUCCCAGAUGACAAACUAGAAAAUUUUAAAGAGAAAAGUCCAGAAGAAGUGGCUAUUUUAUAUGAGCAGGCCUUAAAAGAGAUGGAAAAGCUAAAGGAACAGUGUAGUACUUUGCUAAACUUAAAAACAGAAUGCAGCAAAUGUUCUAACAAUGAAAAUAAAAAUGAUGUGGAUGAAAUUGCUGUGCAACUUGAUGAUGUCUUCAGACAACUGGACAAAUGCAAUACUGAGAGAGAUCAAUAUAAAAGUGAGAUUGAACUGCUGGAAAUGGAAAAAACUCAAAUUGGUUUUCAGUGCGAAGAGCUUAAAAGAGAAGUUGCACAGUUAAAAGCUACAAUUCCUCAAGUGGUAGCAUGUGCAAAUGAUUCUACAGCCAGUAACAUUGAAGAUCCUGUCAGUUAUUCUGAUGAAGAAAGCCUGAAACUGCGAUCCCUCCGAGUUAACGUUGGACAGCUACUGGCCAUAAUUAUGCCUGAUUUAGAUUUGCAGCAAGUUAAUUAUGAUGUUGAUAUAGUUGAUGAAAUUUUAGGACAAGUUGUGGAACAAAUGCAUGAAAUCACCACUACUUAAUAUCCUUUACUGAAGACAUUAAGAUACUUGCUGAAUCUUCCACUAUAUUGUAUGGUUUCCAAAUUGUAAAGACUGGUUUUGUUUUUGUUUGAGUAAUUUAGAUAUAAAUCCAGUGUAAAAUAUAUAUACUGUGUGCACUCAGGUGUCACAAAUACUGUGGGUACUUUUCACGUACCUUUAACUUUCUCCUUAAAGGAACAGUCAACAUUGACAGGCCGUGGAUGUACCUAACUUAUUAAGAAUUUUGUUUUAAAAAUAAAUGUAAUUAAACUUGCAAA